CCUACACCUACCGACUCUAGUCACAUCCUCUUCACCAGUCUACUCCUCCACCAUGCGCGUCACUCAGCUUACCGCCGCCCUUUUCCUCGCCUUUGUGGCCUCUGUCGCCGCCCAGGAGUCAUCCUCGGGAGAGUCCGAUCCUGCGACGAGCUUUUCGAGCUCAGCAGCGACGGUAGAGACGACGGCCCAAAGCUCGAGCGCGGCGGAAGAGCCAACCACUGUGUCGUCGGGCUCUAGCUCAGCCGAUGUCACCUAUUCGGCGUCGAGCUCAGCGUCGAACGCGACCGUCACCGCAUCAGACACCGUCAUCUCUGGCUCGGACACCGUUACCGCGUCCGACUCUGUCAUCACGGGCACUGCGACGAGCAGCGGUAGCAGCAACGGCACGACGAGCAGGAGCGGUAGCAGCGGCGGCAGCGGCCAGUCUACUCGCUCACAGACGUCGAGCUCGAGCCACCCCUCGGGUUCCAGUGGCAGCGACGACGACAACAAUGCCGCGCUCCGCGGCACGAACCUUCAGAAUGGCCUCGUUGCCGGUGUCGCUGGCGCGCUCUUGGGGUGGGCUGUGUUGUAGAGGGCUUCUGUAUGUGUUAGGGAACCGCGCGAUACUGUGUUCAAGGACGAUGGACUAGUCAAUGUUUUGUUCACAUUUACCUACGAUGAUGUUGUUCUCUUCUGCAUAAUACUACAGCACAUCUUGCUUUCAA